CUCCGCUACUCGCUCCUGCCUGCGACAGCACAGCAGUGGUGUGGUCGCUUUAACGCACGUUAACGGAAACGAAAAAACACUCUGUACGUAGUGAAGGCCUCUGCCACUCUGAAGACCCUGUUGCAGCCACAGCGACGGAUAUAAACACACACUAUACGUACUGGUAACCUUAGUUACGUUUUUUUUUUUAAUUUAAUAGCGUUGUAAAGAAAAACAAUCCGUCUUCAUAAUGGCGACAGCUGCGGUGUCUGCCCCUGCUGGCAGCGGCCCCAGCCCCGGGACUGGAACGGAGCUUGUCCGCGGGCAGGCCUUCGACGUCGGGCCUCGGUACAGCAACCUCUCCUACAUCGGGGAGGGAGCCUAUGGAAUGGUGUGCUCUGCCUACGACCGGGACAACAAGAUCCGUGUGGCCAUUAAGAAGAUCAGCCCCUUUGAGCACCAGACGUACUGCCAACGCACCCUGAGAGAGAUUAAAAUCCUGCUGCGCUUCAAACAUGAGAACAUCAUCGGUAUCAACGAUAUCAUCCGCACACCGACCAUCGACCAGAUGAAGGAUGUAUAUAUUGUCCAGGAUCUCAUGGAGACAGACCUGUACAAGCUUCUGAAGACUCAACACCUGAGCAAUGACCACAUCUGCUACUUCCUCUACCAGAUCCUCAGAGGACUGAAGUACAUCCACUCUGCCAACGUCCUGCACCGCGACCUUAAGCCCUCCAACCUUCUGCUCAACACCACCUGUGAUCUCAAGAUCUGUGACUUUGGUUUGGCUCGUGUGGCUGAUCCUGACCACGAUCACACUGGUUUCCUAACAGAGUAUGUUGCCACUCGGUGGUACCGAGCACCUGAGAUCAUGCUGAACUCCAAGGGCUACACCAAGUCCAUAGACAUCUGGUCAGUGGGUUGUAUCCUGGCUGAGAUGUUGUCCAACAGGCCAAUCUUUCCAGGAAAGCACUACUUGGAUCAGCUUAACCACAUUUUGGGGAUCCUGGGAUCUCCUUGUCAGGAGGAUCUUAACUGCAUCAUCAACAUUAAGGCCAGGAACUAUCUUUUGUCACUGCCCGCACGCUGCAAAGUGCCUUGGAACCGCCUUUUCCCCAACGCAGAUCCCAAAGCUCUGGACCUGUUGGACAAGAUGUUGACCUUUAACCCUCACAAGAGGAUCGAGGUGGAGGAGGCCCUGGCGCAUCCCUACCUGGAGCAAUAUUACGACCCCACAGAUGAGCCUGUUGCUGAGGCCCCCUUCAAGUUUGACAUGGAGCUGGAUGACCUACCCAAAGAGACACUGAAGGGGUUCAUCUUUGAUGAAACUGCACGUUUCCAGCCCGGCUUUAGGUCCUAACGUCUCACACAGAUGAUUCUGUGGACUGGCUUCUGCGUUGCCACUGCUCCUCCCUGCCUCCACACUGUUGCUGUGAUGGGUUUUUUCUUCUUCUUUUUCUCCCCCCCCCCCCUCCCUGUUGUCCACAUCACCUGGAUUCCUUGGGUCUCACUCGUCAAGUCCACUUUGCUCAGGAAUGGCAUCAGGAAUCAAUCAAUCGAUCAUCCUCUGUAUCUCUUUCUUUCUCUCUCUCUCUCUCUCUCUCUCUCUCUCUCUCUCUCUGAAGUGAAGGGGUAUGGGAGAGGAAGGAAGGGGGGGUAUUCACAUCACAGCUUAAAGUUUGGGGGUGGGGUGAUUUUGUGUUUCAAGCCAAGAUAAACAAGUUGCGUGUGUGCGUGUGUGUGCGUGUGUCUCAAAGGCGUUUGGCUCUGGCUAUUCCUAUUCUAGACCUUCUCUGUCUGGUUGAAUGGCAGUGAUAGAUUAGCUGUUGUGUUUUCAGUGCCGCUGUUGUUGUUAUAACUCUGCCUACAUUGCACAAACAACAGAAGAUUACUUAUGAGAAUCAUCCAUCAUUAAAUUAAAAGGUCUUUCAGAUUUUCUAACCUCUGUCGCACUGUUACAAGGGAUACCUUGGUCUCGAUCUUUAUUCUCUCUUUAGAAAAAAAAUCCCAUAUUGAUUUAUGCAAUGAAAUCACAUUAUCAGCCAGAUACUUUCGAGGCCACAAGCUGUCACUUGGUGUGGAUGAGGAGCUAUAGUUUAACCAAGACCUUGUACUUUAAUUCUUGACACAUACAAAAGCCCAAAUGCAAAUAUAUACAUAUGAAUAUAAAAAAAAUCAUUAUAAAUAUAUAUAUACACAGCCCAAAGAGUCUUAACAUAUAAUGAAGGCAGGAGUGAAGAUAGAAGGUGAGACAAAUAAGUUUCUAACCUUUCUUUUCUCUGUAUUAUAAACGUAAAAAACGCCCGUUUUCAUUUCUUGCCGGCUUCAGUAAGAUGUCAGUUUGUGUAUAAAUGCGUAUAAUUGAAAGGUUUCCCUAUCAGUGUCUGCCUUAGCCAUAAGAAACUAAAAGGAAAAGUCUGUUUAUCUCAUACAAGUCUGUAUGUACAGUCAAAUAUGUUCUUUAAAAGUUCAAUUAACUGUGUCAGGACAAGAACUCAGUGAUCAGAUUGGAUCCUGUGUGUCCGGAGAAAAAUGUUGCCAGGCCUCCUUCUUUGUCCUGUUUCAUGGUUUCUCUUUCUUCUGUCUCUGUUAAUCUCUCGCCUUGUUUAAAAAAAACAAAAAAAACUGUGCCCUUUGCAUGACUGUUAAAAGCUCGGUAUACAAAGACGACCAUGUUAAAGUGCCACACGCGCCAGGCCGCCCAGGCUCUUUGUGUUCCACCUUUUGUGGUAUAUCACGUUAACUAAUCACAUGGUGCUUUUUGUUAUCUUUCUUUAGCUUCAGCACUCAUCCUUCCGUUUCCAUCCAAGCUCCAUCUGCAUGCUGACGUCAUCAUGUGGUUGCAAAUAGGAGAAUAACUAUAAACUGUUUGUAUUUAUUACAAUUGCAAAACAUAGAAAUGUGUUUUUCCCAACCUGAGAAAGAGUUAAAAAUAAUACUCAAAAGGUAUCACAUCAUGUUUUCUGUUUAAUCCAUAGGCCAUAUCAUUGGGUGAGCCAGACAGCUGCAGUAGAGUUUAUGUAAAGCAGAGCUUAAGUUAAAACCUAUUUUGAAUCCUUUUCAGUAACUACUAAAUGAAGACUGUUGAAUUUACACAUUUUCUUUUUAAAGACGAGGAUUUAUGACUUUCAAGAUUCUAUAUGUUGUAACAGAGAAGCCAGAAGCCCUGAGCUUCAUCAAACAACUUGAUCUUAGUAUCACUGCAGCAUCCAACAGCUGUCUUUUCAUGUUGAACACAACAGGGCCUCAAAUAGACAUCGUUCACCUAGGCUAGCAUCAUCAUUGACUAAUGCUUGGCUGAUAGAAUUAUGGAACAAAAAACAGUAUUAUUAAGACAUUAAAGCAUCUUUAAGUACAAUACUGUCAACAUUUAUUUAAAUCAAUUGUUUUUAGAAUCUGUCUGCUGGCACUUCAAAUUGAAAUUUUAAUGACAAAUUGGAACAACUAUCGACUGCUUAGGUUGAUUUACAUUCUUCCCAAAAAACCUCAACAGUUGUUUUGUGGGAAAGAAAAUGCCCAAGCUGUAAGCUCAAGAUCUUUAUGUUUCUGUCAGAUGUUAUUUACCUUAAAUUCAACUUUUUGUUCUCCUUGAAACAUAUGUUUCUCUGAGGGCCAAGAUGCUCUGUCAGAUUCAAUCACAGUGGACAGAGCCAAAGAACCAGUUAAACGUCAUGUUGUGUUUUUUUUUUUUUACUUCUGAUUAAUGUCGACUCAGACCGAGUAGGGGCUAUCAGAGCGCACUAAAGCUCUGCUGUUACACUCUCAAGCCAUAAUGGGUCAGUCUGUAAGUCUGCUGCACCUCUGACCACGCCCACCCAGUGAUGUCACCAUGUACUGACACACCCAUGAGUUACACAUCUACAUCACUGCAGCCAAGUGAGACUUUAAACCACUGAAAGUUAGCAAGUUGGGAUUUAAGGACGUUACAUGUACCUAACUUAAGAAAAGCUAACCUGAUGACAAAAAAAGAAUCAUUUUUCUGUAAAUCCUUAUCAUUCCCAGCUGGUUUCCUCGUGAGAGACAUGUAAUUUGGUACUAAUUGUAAGUAAUUCAGAGUCUAUGUUUAACAGGGCUACAACAAAUAAUAAUUUCUGUCUUUCUUGUUCAUUACAAAUGUCCAGAUCGCUCACAAGAUCGCUCUUUUUUUUUUUAAUCCCAUCCCCAGUUUAAAACCAGAGUUAUCUGUGAUUUUAAACACAGGAACUCCUCAUACGACAAGCUGUAACCAGCAAAUGUUUAGUAUUUUUCCCCAGAUAAAAGACAGAAUCUGUAAUGGUUCAUUUAUAUUCGAUCAUCUAAUCAAUUUCUGAAGUAAUUUUUUCUCCUUUUUGUUUUAUUGAUCCACUUCGAUUAAAUCAUUCUAAAUAAGAGUUGUGACAGCAUUCUACAGAACAAAUCACAGUUGGCAAUAUGAACAUGAACAUUCAAGAACCCAGAAUCUGUCAGCAUAGAAGAAAAUUCAAGUUUAAGAUCAUACAUUUCAGUAUAAAUUAAAUUAAGACAAAUCACUAAAAAUCAACUCACUUUACACAGUAGAUAACAUUUUUUUAAAAACUGUUUAAAUCUUCACUUUCUGUUUGAUUAGUGAGAAAUGAAACACUGUUUUGAAUGAAACCUUUUUCAAUGAAAUUAAAUAUUUGGAUCAAAUCGACCUGUUUCAGUCAGUUACGUUAAACUCGCAUGAUGAUGAUGAUGAUGACAUUUGAAAACAGACCAAACCUCCAUAGAAGAAAUAACCUUUUUUACACUCAUAGAUCUCCUCCUCGUCUCUGUAUCCUCCCGUCUGUCACACACAUACACGAUGAUUAAAUGCACUUGCUUCUACAGUAGUUGGGAUGGGCGUUGUAAUCCGAGGUGCCUGCCGGGACUUGACUUACCUGUAGAUAGACUUUGGGGGGGGGGGGGGGUUAGUUUUAACAUUUAGGGCACUAAAAACCUUACUGGGAUUAGUUGUAUAAAAAAAAAGCUUCUGCUGAGUUCUUUGUGCAACCUGUCUGUUUGUGCCUUUUUUGAUAGUCUUGAUAUCCAAGAUUUUGAUGUGCAGCUUUUGUUUAGUCGGGAAUCCGUUGUAAUUGCAGUAUACGCUCUUUGAAAAUGAACACAAUCAAGUCUGUGGGUUUGGGCGGGAUCAUGGCCGGGUAUAUCCUUAUCUUUCAGUUAUUGUAAAUUUUAAAGAGAUUUGUUGCCACAGCUGUGUGAUUUGUGACUGUAUUGAAAAGAUGAAAAGCAAACAUUUAUAUUUUUUGCGUUACCCUUUUUUCCUUGAACCUUUUUUUUUUUCUUUUUUGGAUGUUUUUGUGCAGAUAUUUUUAUUGUAAAAUGAAUGUUAUGUUUCUAUCAGACACUAAUCUUGUUUGAGUUGUCUCCAGUGGAACUCCUUCACUCUGUAUGUUUUGAUCAGUAUAAACCUUUAAUUGUGUAGUUAAACAUUUCUGAAAGAGAUAAAAAAAAAAUUAAAAAAAUAAGAUCCUUGGUUGUAUUUGAAAGGUUCCUGUUUGACCUGCCAUAGAAACUGUUUGAAAUGAUCGGUCAGUUUAUUUUUUGCUGUCGUUUGAAGGAUUUGACCGGAACAAGGCAUUUCUUUGCUAUUAUCAAAGACUGACUGCCACUAGAGAAAUCUUUUUUUUUUUUUAUGCUUAUCUUUUCUUUUUUCUGUUUUGCAACUCUGUCAUGUCAUUUAAAUAGACGUUCAUUAAAGACAUCGUACCUUCAUUAACAUCUCUGAGGUCUCUUUGUUGGAGACGCAUUUCAACUGGCAUGUUCACAACAGUAAGCAUUAGAGACGACUUCUAUACCUGCUGUCUGCAUCAAUCCUUGCAGUACAUACAAGAGUGCAAAAUAAAAGUUUCAAGGAGCGACACAGUAUACAAAUAAAUGUGUUUAAUGAAAUGAGUGAAAAUUCUUAAUAAAAAUGCUGUAUUACUCCAAAAAA